AUGGGCGGCACCUAUACCGCUCCUGCCUACGAGUACAGUACUCAGUGCGAUACUUCCCUAAAUAACCCGGUUAUCUAUUCCACUUAUUACCUGGGAGAUACCUUUGCACAGUGUAUAGGAAGAUGCGACAUCGACGACGAUUGCAGUGCAGUGCUGUAUCAGGACUUGAGCGGCAACUGUUAUUUGGCUGCCGAUUAUACUUCUACCUCGUCAUCAAGUAGCUACGAUGUCGCGAUAAAGGGAGCUGCGGCUUCUGAACCUGAGCCUACCACAACUACAACUGAAGCGUCCUCGAUUGCCAUAACAACUGAGGAGUCCACGGUCGCUUCAACUACAGAAGGAGCUUCAACAACAACUGAAGUGACUUCAGAAGCCUCAACUACUGGAGCAACCUCGGCAGCUACAACAACUAAAGUCUCUUCAAUUGCUACAACAACAACUGAGGUGUCUUCGGUAGCGUCAACAACAACCGUAGCAACUUCGGAAGGUUCAACAACUGAGGUGUCCACGAUCGGUUCAACAACCGAGGGAUCUUCAGUUGUGUCAACUUCUGAUGACUGCGACGAAACGGAAACAGAAACAUCAACUGAAAUACUUUCAACACUGACUACAUCAUCAUCAUUGUCAGAAUCCACAUCGGCUGUGGGUACCACUACUACAGACUCUGUAUAUGUUAGCACCACCUCAGAGGCGGCAACAUCUUCCCAGGCAUCAGUCUCUUCCGUCGAAUCUACAACCGAGGCCUCAAACGUAAGCACUUUGGCAACCGUGAAUACAUCUCGAGGAACGCAAUCGACUCUCAGCACUAGUAGCGGAAUCACGACACAUAAACAGUCUACUACAACCUCGGCUGAAACCCAGAGCUCUCCUGUCACAACUCUCCAAACAUCAGAGCUUUCAACUUUGACCACGCUGGCUCGUCCUGCCUCUUUGUCUACCACGGAGACCCAGGCUGUCACAUCAACAGCGAAGUCUGGUUCUACCACAAGCCAAGGUAUCAGCCAAACAGCCUCCGCUUCCUCUGCAUCCACCUAUGUCUACGUCAACCCUGCUUCUGAGACACUUCCCGCCUCUGGUUCCACUAUCAAGGCACCUUACCCCACUGGUUACACCAUCCGAACUGUUUACCAGACUACGGCCGAGGGUAUCACUUGCUCCAAGACUACAUUUGCCGAGACGGUAACCACCGCCACAUAUCUUACUGUCGGACCAAGCCACUCUGCGCUUGUCACAACCUGCGUUCCAGUCACCCUUCUCUACAGCCCUUGCUACUGUGACCAUGAUGUGUACCCCUCUGUGGCUUUGACCACUAUUGUCUCUCCUUGCAGCGCCUGUGGAGCUGAAGGGGAGAAUACCGUCACCUUGACAGUCCCAGAGGCUGCUUGUGAGACCACAAGUGGAAGCCAUAGCCACCCGAUCGUCCAGUAUCCUAGUGGCUGGACUGGAGGGUAUGAGAAUGCUAAAAACGGUAGUGGCUAUCAAGAGACCCAGUACAUAGCGAAGUCUCACGGACGACCACAAGAAAGCCCCCAACAUACAUACUCAAAUGGUCAGCCUUCUAUUCCUGCUCUAACUGAAGGAGUCUAUAGCCACACGCAACCUGGCAACAAUGGCCAGCCGUCUGCUUCUAUCUCGGCUGCGGGAUCACCAAGUACCUCGCAAGAGACUAAGGCUAGCUAUCCUCAAGAAUCAGCACAGCCUAAGACUGAUAAUAAACCUGAUAGUUCAGGAGCCAGCAACACACAGGCUGUAGUUUGGAUAAUGGCUGAAGUAGUUGGAAUAGUCUUACUUCUUAAUUAA